AUGGAACAGGAAGUGGCAAGAGAAGAAGAAGAGAAGAAAGAAGGCUUGAUUGAGUUUUAUGACUCCUUCAAGGAUAUGUUUGAGUUCUUCUGCAAGAACACCACCAUCCAUGGCACCAUCCGCCUGGUGUGCUCAGACAGCAACAGGAUGAAAACAGCUUUCUGGACACUGCUUUUACUGGCCAGCUUUGGCAUGUUGUACUGGCAGUUUGCACUGAUGUUCAGCCAGUACUGGGCCUACCCUGUUGUCCUCACCAUGUCAAUGCAUUCAGAGCCCAAGAUGUUUCCAGCCAUCACCAUCUGCAACCUGGACCCAUACAGAUUUGAGCUGGUGAGUGAGCAUUUGGUUCAGCUGGACCGCAUGGCAGAGGAGUCCAUUGCUUUCCUGUAUGGCAUCAACACAUCUGCCAGCUUGUUCCACACCAACUUGAAAAAUGUCCAUGUCAAAGACUUGACAAGCAUGGGGAACCUCAGCAGAUCCACCUUCAAGCUGAGCCAAAACUUCUCACUCUUGAGAAUGCCUGACCACAAAGACAUGCCAGGGAAGAAGCCUUCCAGUGUGGGCUUCAGGCUGUGCAAUGCCACGGGUGGGAAUUGCUUCUACAAGACCUACUCAUCUGGGAUGGGUGCAAUUCUGGAAUGGUACAGGUUUCACUACAUGAACAUCAUGUCCCAGCUACCAGUUAUAAUCAACAUUUCUGAUCAUGAGGAGCAAAUAGAAGACAUGGUCUACUCCUGUCAGUAUGAUGGGGAGCCCUGCAGACCCAGUGACUAUGUCCACUUUCACCACCCAGUCUUUGGAAGCUGCUAUACCUUUAACAGCAAGGGGACAGACCCUUUCUGGACAGCCACAAAGCCAGGGAUCCCUUAUGGCCUUUCCCUUAUCCUGAGAGCAGAGCAGAAGGAUCACAUCCCACUCCUGUCCACAGUAGCAGGGGUGAAAGUGAUGAUACACAACCACAACCAGACCCCAUUCCUGGAGCAUGAAGGCUUUGACAUCAGACCAGGCAUUGCAACCACCAUAGGCAUUCAGCAGGACGAGGUGAAUCGCCUGGGUGGCAGUUAUGGGAGAUGCACAACUAAUGGUGAUGAUGUGAAUGUCAAACUCCUCUACAACAACUCCUACACCCUGCAGGCCUGUUUGCAUUCCUGCUUCCAGCACAUCAUGGUUCAGCAAUGUGGCUGUGGCUACUACUACUACCCGCUGCCUCCUGGCGCUGAGUACUGCAACUACAACAAGCAGCCCGCCUGGGGUCACUGCUUUUACCAGCUGUACAACAGGCUCAGGAACCAUCACCUCAACUGUUUUGACCAGUGCCCCAAGCCUUGCCGGGAAUCACUGUACAAGGUGUCUGCUGGGACAGCAAAGUGGCCAUCAGCAAAAUCUCAGGACUGGAUCCGCCAGGCUCUCAGGCAUCAGAAUGGAUAUAACUCCACCAGCCACAGGAAGGACAUUGCCAAGGUGACCAUCUUCUACCAGCAGCUGAACUACAAGUCUGUGAACGAGUCUCCUCUGCUCUCAGAGAACCUGCUUCUGUCCAGCAUGGGAAGCCAGUGGAGCCUCUGGUUUGGAUCCUCAGUGUUGUCUGUGGUUGAAAUGUUCGAGCUGCUUAUAGACACACUGGUCUUGUGUCUCCUCUUCUGCUACCAAAGGCUCAGGUCAAAGAAGACCCUGAAGGUGGCUCAUCCUCCUCCCAUCCCCAGUGUCAGCUUGACCCUGGAAAACUACCGAGUUGUGCAAGAAGAAGCUGGCAGAGGUGAUGAUUCUGCUCACACUCACCCUUCUGGAGUGAGUGUUGCUGUGGCUAACAGGGACCUUCCAGCUCCACCCACUCUCCAGCAAGCUGGAAAUGCCAGAGCUUUGCCCAGGUGUGGUGCUGAAUGGAUUUAG